AUGCCUUCUCGACGGUCGCAUACAAAGUCCCAUCACGGCUGUCGGCAGUGUAAAGCGCGGAGAGUCAAGUGCGACGAGACGAGUCCCCAGUGCCAGCGCUGUGUGAAGCGACAAAUCCCCUGUUCAUUCCUCGAGAAUGGCUCCGAAGGGUUCCCGACACCUCCGGGAAACACGUCCGUCCAUGACACAUCGACUCCCAAGAGCUUUGAUCAUCCGCAUUCGGACCCCGAGAAGAUACGACAUGCGGCACUGUCAACUCCAAAAGCCUCAUCGCCUCUGGCAACAGAGGGAGACCCAGCCAGUCUUGACAAACGGUUUGAUCUCCUGGACCUAGAACUCAUCCAGCAUUACUCUACACGGACGUACAUGACCAUGUCCUCGAGGCUCGCCACCCACGCUGUCUGGCGCGAUACGGUCUUUGCAGAGGCCUUGCGCCAUGACUAUCUCUUACAUGGCUUGAUGGCCACUGCAGCCCUACACAAGGCGACUUUGCUGCUCAAGUCGUCGGACGCGUAUGCUGAGUACUCCAAAGUGGCGCUGGCCCACCAGAAUGCCGCCUUGGCUGGAUUCAUUCCGGCAGUCAGCAAACCCAAUCAGGACAACGGGAUUGCCUUAUUCUCUGCCUCCCUUCUUCUCACGAUAUGGGCCUUUGCAUCCAAAAAACUACCCGAGGGCCUGAACAGUGUGAAGCUUGACUUUGGCUCGGGCGAAUCUUCCCCAGGUAUCACCCUGCCACUCGACUCGCCGACAGCUGACUUCAUCGAAAUCAUCAUGAUCCUCCGGGGAAUAUAUGCGGUGAUUAGAGAGACUGAUAAGUGGCUUCAAGGUGAGAUUGAGGAGCUGCUGCGGUAUCCUCGUUCAGAAGAUCUGCCACCACAUUCGCCAGAGGUGGAGGAGACUUUCAGCACACUCCGCAAAGCCCUGGAUGAUCCUCAACUAUUGUCGCUAUGGGAGGGGGAAGACCCUCACCGAAUGAAGAAUCUCUUCCUGGAGCAAAUGGAGGCUCUACGCGACAUCUCGAGAUGUCGUUCUGUUGUCGAAUGGGAUGGCCAUAUCUUUUCCUGGCUGAUCAUGGCACCACCGUCCUUCAUCCAUUGUCUCAAGCAGAGCAACCCCAUGGCCUUGGCAAUAUUCGCUCACUGGGCUGCCAUGUUCCGGUGUAUGGAUCAUCACUGGUGGGCAAAUGGCUGGGGUUACAGCUUGGUCGUGGACGUGUCUAGCCUGCUAGAUCCUGUGUGGGCGAGAUAUCUGGAUUGGCCGCGAAGACAAGUCGGCCUCGUGUUUCAAGGCGGUGGGGCUUUCGAUGCCCGCCGGAUGACCUGA